GGAGCAAAAAGUUUCCGUGACAACGCGGAAAUGAGUAACACUGCAGCCUAGUAGAGCUGGGCGGGAGGAGUCCAGGAGGCGGGAGCUGCCGCGGUCUGGUAGCCCGCAUCUCUGGAUCCCCGCAGCCUGCAGACCCGGGACCCCGACCCGCGCGUGGAGCGAAGCCCACUCGGUACCCCUACGGCCGCCGCGGCCGAACGAACACCACAGAUAUGGCUAUGGGACUCUUCCGGGUCUGUCUGGUUGUGGUGACGGCCAUCAUUAACCACCCACUGCUGUUCCCACGGGAGAAUGCCACCGUGCCCGAGAACGAGGAGGAGAUCAUCCGAAAGAUGCAGGAGCACCAGGAGAAGCUGCAGAUGGAGCAGCUGCGCUUGGAGGAGGAGGUGUCGCGUCUGGUGGCCGAGAAGGAGGCUCUGCGGCAGAUAGAAGACGAGGACCAGCAGCAGCAACUAGAGGCGCACACCACCUGGGACCUCUGGAGCACUCUCUGCAUGAUCCUCUUCCUGAUCAUCGAGGUGUGGCGGCAGGACCACCAGGACGGGACCUUUCCGGACUGUCUGGGGGCAGACGAGGACGAGCUGUCUGGACCAGGGGGAGCUCCGCUGCGCGGCCUUCCCCUGCCCAAUAGGGCCACCCUGGACCACUUCUACGAGCACUGUAUCCGAAGCGCCACAGGUGACGCCACCCGCACCCGGGAGUUUGUGGAAGGCUUCGUGGAUGAUCUCCUGGAAGCUCUGAGGAGCAUCUGCAACAGGAACACUGAUAUGGAGAUGGAGGACUUCAUUGGCGUGGGCAGCAUGUAUGAAAACUGGCAAGUGGAGAGGCCGCUACUGUGCCACCUGUUUGUACCCUUCGUACCCCCAGAGCCCUACAGCUUCCACCCAGAGUUCUGGUGCUCCCGCCUUUCCAUGCCCCUGGAACGUCAGGGCUAUGGCCAGAUCAAGGUGACCCUGGCCGACGGGGACUCUCUAGGCUGUAUCUGCGGCAAGACUAAGUUUGGGGAGGAUAUGCUGUGUCUCCUCCACGGCAGGAAUAGAGGGGCGUGGCCCCGCAGUGGUGGGAGCAACGAGAUGGAGGAUUUGCUGUGUUCCAGAGAGUCCUCUUAUCUAGACGCCAUGCAGGUCAUGAAGUGGUUCCAGACGGCCCUCACCAAAGCUUGGCACCGCAUCUCCCACAAAUACGAGUUUGACCUUGCUUUCGGCGAGCUGGACACCCCGGGGUCUCUCAAAAUCAAGUUCCGCUCAGGGAAGUUCAUGCCCUUCGUCUUGACUCCUGUGAUCCAGUGUAAUGACUCAGACCUGUACUUCACCUCGCAACUUCCCAAGGAGCCCUGCAGGGGAGCCCCGGCCUCUAACACUGACUGGCUCCUGUCCUUUGCUGUCUACGAGAGACAGUUCCUCCGGAUGACCGCUAAGGCUUUGCCCGAGGGUGCCUGCCACCUCAGCUGUUUGCAGAUCGCCUCCUUCUUGCUCUCCAAGCAGAGCCGUCUGACAGGCCCCAGCGGGCUGAGCGACUACCACCUAAAGACCGCCCUGCUGCAUCUCCUGCUGUCCCGGCAAGCCGCUGACUGGAAGACCAGCCAGCUGGAUGUGCGCCUGCAGGAGCUCUUCUGCUUCCUGGAGAGGAGCCUGCUGGAGAAGAAACUCCAUCACUUCUUCGUGGGCAACCACAAGGUGCCUGAGGCCAUGGGUCUCCCAGAGGUUGUGCGCCGAGCCGAGCCGCUCAACCUGUUCCGGUCCUUUGUCCUACAGCGGACUCUUUACCGUCACACAGUGGACUCCUUCUAUGAAAUGCUUAAGAAUGCCCCAACGCUCAUUAGCGAGUAUUCCCUCCAUGUCCCUUCAGACCGUGCCAGCCCACCACCAAAAGCUGUCGCCUUGUAGAGCAUAAGAUUCCGGGAGAGGAGGGAGAGUAUCCCAUGUGUCUACCGUACUGGGCUCUGUGACCUCACGCAGGAGACACAGUAGGCCUGGAGGGAGCUGAGGUUCAGCUCCCCGGGAGGCCAGGUUCUACAGAGGGAAGGAAACAGAAUUACAACUAGACACUGGUCUGCCUUUCUGCCACCGGGGCUUGUUGGCAAAACCCUUGUUUGGGUUUGGGCACCAAUCGUUUGUAGCUUAGUUUUAGAUCGCUAUGAAUGAGUAAGACAGGGACCCCACAGUCUGUAGGUACCGAGUUGGAGAGAGUGCAAGCACUGGUUUGAAUGCAAGCCUUUCCAUGUUGCAGUCCAUUCCCUGUUCCGUAUCAAAGAGGAUCUACCAGGAUGUUACUGGGGAGUCAGACCGAGACCCAGCACUCCACCCCAGGAACUCUUAGGCCCCAGCCACGUGCAGCCGAGUCAUGAAUAGGGACAGACAUGGGAGUCCACAGCCUUGGAACCACACCAUGCCCAGUAAUAGAGGUCCCAUGGUGGCUGACAUUUUUUUUUUGGUUCUUUUUUUCGGAGCUGGGGACCGAACCCAGGGCCUUGCGCUUCCUAGGUAAGCAUUCUACCACUGAGCUAAAUCCCCAGCCCCAACAUUUUUAAUACUACUUGGCGAAAAGAACCUGGCAGAAGUCCAGGGGCCUGGUGGCUAAUGUCUCCAUUACAGAGAGACGGGGACUUGGUGGUGGAGUGUCCAGAGUGGGCCAGUUCCUCAGGCACACAUCUUACUCAGGUGCAUACCCCUCCCCCUGUCCCUUUACCCUGGUAUCAGGUCCCAAUCACCGUGGGUGCCAUUUACCACACUGGGUACCGUCUCAGAAGCCCCUCCCCUCUCCGUUGCUAGUCUUACCAGACAGCAAUAUGGUAGAGGACUGCAGGUACUCAUGCCUGGCUUGUACCUUGGCCCACUCUGAGGAAAGUUACAGAGCCCUGGGCAAAGAUGAUGAUGUCCCUAAGCCAUCCUCGGGGCCCUGGUCAGAGGGAAGGGUGGGCUUGUAAGUCAUGGAUGCUGUGAAAACGCAGCUCUGGUCCACAGAACCAAAGCGCCUCCCAAUUCCUAACUCCAAGAGGACCUUGCCCACUGUACAUCUCCAGUGUUUUCUACACAAGCCUUGGUGACCUUGUAGAUGACCCAGACUUAAAGAACAUGGUGGAGGCUGGGCUCACUGGGGAUCUAUGUGAGCAGUUCAGGCACAGCAUGGUUAUCCAGAGGAGUGCUGUGGGCCCCGGCAAGUACCGGAGCCUGAGGCUGGGCUCCUGUCCAGGCCGGUUUCAGAGGAUCCAGCAGCUUCUUUUCCACUUGAUCUUGACCGGCUGUUUGGUAUGUCUUCUCCACAUCUCCUUGGUGACUUUGACAGUGGAGCAAAGAAGAAACACGGGUGAAGAACAAGGUGGCACCUGCUAGCCCUCCAGAAGUGCAGGCAUCAAAAACAGGCUCCCCUUAGCCCCAAACGUGCCUCACGUGGUCUUAAAAAUCUCCAGAAGAUGGACCUCUUAGCCACCAAGGUUAAGUAGUGGUGAAGAGGAACAGGCGACCAAGUGCAUGGUGACCAAGACCAUAGGAUGCUUGAGUGCACGGUGACCAGAGACCAUAGGAUGCUUGAGUGCAUGGUGACCAAGACCAUAGGAUGCUUGAGUUCAAGCAGGGGUUAAACUGAACAUGUGCGGUCCUGCCCCUCUGCAGCCUCAACAGGACAACCAAGGACCCAGUAAUGCAGCCUAAUCAACGUGCAGCUCUGUCAGCAGUCCUGAGCCGCCACCUCCAAGAGGUACCUUCCAGAGUGGAGGCAGGUGGCCUUACUGUCAUCUGUGCCUUUCCCUGCACAUUCACAUCCAGCUGCACUUCAAAGAGAGCCUGGCAACCUAGAACCAGCCUCCAGAAGCCAAGACCCAACCUGGACCUCCUCAGCUUCCCCUUCACCUCCAGGAGAAGGCCAUAGGAAGUCCACAGGAAGAACAACUCUGGCUCCUGGUCUGCUGAGCACCGGGCAGGACAGGAGCCUGUCCUACACCGAGACCGCUUUGGGAGCAGCAGGGCUCUAAGGGUUUCAUCUGCCUUAUUUAUAUUAAAAGAAUUAGAUUCUUGUAA